CAUAUUUCAUAAUAUGGUAUUUACAUCUUGGUCACGAAAUACAAGAAACUUUCAUCCUGGUUGUGUCGGGAAUGGCACACGCGGUGUCUUCCUGUCAUGUCUUGUUUGUUACCAUUUGUCAUUACUCUUUGACACGGGCAAGUGAGCACGAUUCGUUUCUUGGUGCUAUUGCUCAAAGAGUAUAUUGCUGUGUUACGCGUGUUACUGUCAAAGUGUCAAGUCAAUGGUUGUCACUUGCUGUCAGUCGAGGACAGGUUGAGGGUGAUCCGAGGGAACCUAUUAAUGGAAGAAGUUGCUUUCCCAAGAUUGACCGGUCUUUUCUGUCCACUCUCUAUAAUCAACAGCUACAGCCAGGCAGCCAGUUAUAACUUCACUUCAAUUUUUCAUCGUGGUGUUACUCUACAUUCAGUAUAGAGUAGUAUAAAGAAAUCUCAACUGCGCGGAAUGGAGGACAACGAAGCCAGAAUGCGGUUGGUUGAAAUGGAAUCCAGGAUGUCCCUUCUGGAGGAAUCUGUGAACAGAGCGGUUGGAACUCUGAUGCCGAAAGUGGAUGCUCUCUUGGCCUAUAGAAGACUUGGAGUACAGGCAAUUUCCAACCCUCGUAGGUCUACCUCUGCCAGAACACCCGCGUCAUUGGUCGAGAUGGCGAGAAGCGGGGAUUAUGAAGCUUUACUCGGUUGGCUAGCAACCACUGGAAUUGACGUACAGAGUAACCCACCGCGUACAAAUGAUGGGGAUACUGCGCUGCACGUGGCUGCAAGUGGAGGACACGUGAAAGCCGUGAUGGUCCUUUUGGGCGCGGGGGCGAAGGUUAACGCUUCCGGCCACCGGCUGCGCACGCCGCUGCACUGCGCCGCCGCCCACGGCCACCUGGCGGUCGCCCAGCGCCUCCUGUUGGCCGGGGCGCAGGUCGACGCCGAGGACGCGGACGGCCACACGCCCCUAGGCCUCGCUGCGGAGCAGGGCAGCAGGGACGUAGCGAACCUACUUCUCCAGAAGGGAGCGAAGCCAAAUGAAAAGGCAGUUGCUUUAGCUGCAGAGGGUAGUCAUUGGGAUUUGGUCGAGUUUUUUCUGCAAAUUGAAUCGUUAAUUAACGCGUGUACUAAAGAAGGAGAUCCUUUAAUUGUGCUGGCUGCGAAAGCCAACCGAUGGGGGAUGGUGCAUCUGCUGUUGGAAAAAGGGGCGUCUGCAACAAAGUGCAAAGACGAUGAAGAAUGCGCUUUGGCAUGGGCGUCUCAGGCCGGCCAGGCAGACGCCGUGCGAGAGCUGCUGCGUCGCGGGGCCGCGUUAAACGCUCGGCAGGUUGUAUGGGGGCUUAUGAAGGCCAAGAGUUCCGCUGUGGUAUGGGCCUUCGUGGACGUGGUGCACAACAAAGUACACGGCCAGGCUGGAGGAUUGGGCCUUGUGCACGCCGGUUGCUACGGUCGCUUGGAGCCGCUAAUGGCGUUGUUGAAAGCGGGCGUGAAUGUCAACGCAACGGAUAGCGCGAACGGCACUGCCCUCUACUACGCAGCCAGUCACGGACACCUUGCGUGCGUGAGAGAGCUGCUUCAACAUGGCGCGGACGUCAAUACCAAAAACGCAAAGCACAAGUCCGGAAACACGCCUCUCCAUCAGGCUUCCUCAAAUGGCCACGUGGAGUGCGUGCGUGUUUUGUUGGACGCCGGAGCGUAUACUACAGAGAGGAAUAAGCAAGGAAAGACUCCACUUCAGGUUGCUCGUUUGGACAACGUGCGUGCAGUCUUAAAUGGGUUACAGUAAGUUCUAAAAAUGUAUAUUGAUGGAGCUGAAAGUUUCAAAAAAUAUUAAGAAUUGAAAAAAUAAAACCAAAAAAACUCUUACCUAAGAAUACAUAAUAUAAAAACAAACGGCCCUUCUCAAUGGAAGUGAAAUGUAUCCCUUCUCAGAGCAUACGUACACAAUUAGCGAAGAGCGGAAGUGGAGUUACGAAAAACGACAGGUUGUCCAAGAUAAGAUGGGUAGAUGUAAUUAUAUAAGGAAUCAUGGAAUACAAAUGCAAUUGACCACAACUUGUUCAAAGAAUCAAUAACUCUGGUUAUGUAAAUUAGUACGGAAAAAAAUAUACGUGAAGAGGCAUAGGAAAGCAAAGGAAGAAAUUGGGAAGUUCUGUAAGACCGGACCACAGAAGCCUAAUCGUUGAAGCUACAAACGCGGUGGUGGAUUAACCUAUAAGUGGAACUAGGCAAUUGCCUACCCCGACGUCUUAAAGUAUUUUUUUAAACCUUUUUUGAUAAAUGAAAAAGUCAUACUAUAUUUUUGUAAUCUUGUAUUAAUUUUUGAGAUAUUUUGAGCUUGGAAUGCAACUAUCGAAGUCGGUUACAUACAACAAAACCGGAAAGUAGUGGAGUGUUUUAUAUCGUGAAAACUAUUCUUUUUAAUACAGUCACUUUCUUGUUGCACGAUUUCGGGUUUAAAAUUUUUAAAAUUAAAUAUUUCAUCAAUACUUUUUAUGAGAUGUUAAUAUAUACAUUCAAAAUGCAUACUUCAAUAACUCAUGUCAGGGUCAAUGAAAACUGCAGGGAGCCUCUCAUUUGCAAUUGCCUAGGGUCCCAUUGAGUAUUAAUCCACCACUGUACAAUCGGCAGUACUGUGUUGCCCAUUUAAUAUUCGACCAAACAUGUAUUAGAAUAAGCAGCUGCAACUAAUCAAUUUAACAUAUGUAACAAUUUAAACGAUUCCAAUAUUCUUUACUUGCAUUGUACUGCACUCAAUCAAAGGAUUGGCUUCUGUUAUUCUUUGAACUCUUUCUCGUGUAGCAUGUUCAAGAUUAAAUGUGGCUCCUCUUGUGGUUAUUAGAGCACCCCCCCACCAAAUCUUAAGCUCUCUCGCCCACAAGAUCUGGCCAUCCCAGCAAAAUCGCAGAGGAGAAAAGAUAGUACGGUGAUCGAGUAGAGGGGGUGGGAAAGAAUCUUCAGGAAGAAGAAGAUAGAAAUGUUUUGAAUAGUAUAUAAUACAAUUUUAGUUUUGGUGUUAACUUUCAGUAUCGACACUAAUAGCUUCGACUAUUCGUCGAUGCAUCAAGGAAAUUUGGUCACUUGGGCACUUUUUAAGUGUCCUAUGUUUUUUUGCAUUAUGAUAAUUUUUUGUUUGUGUACC